UAACGGCCGGCGGCCCCGCCCCCCCCGCGCCGCUUCCUCAGCCCGGGGCGGGGACGCUGCCUCAGUUCUUCCCGCCAUUUUCUGGGUCUCACCCCGUUCCCCUCCUUCCUUUCUGAGCCAUCGCUGAGCCGAGAUCCUCUUGGAGCUGUGGGCAGCGGCUGCCCCAUUGCUGAGACCCGGCCGGCAGGCGUUUGGGCUCAUGGGCGCUGUGAGAAAGCCCCCGAGGAUCCCCCUCGUGCGGGUUGUGGCGGUCAGGCGUCCCCGGGUGCACGAAACGGAUGAGGAAACUUUAAAAUGAAGAUUUAGAAGACAAGAUCCUUGUUGGUGCUAAAGUUAAAAAAACCUUUACAAGCAAGAUCUUGAAGUGCAGUGUAACAUGACUGUAGUUUUGUUUGUUUUUUUUUUUUAAACAAGCUGAAAGCCCCUCUCCUUUUGGAAGAGUUGAAAUGAUUGUGGGUGGCUUUUUUAACUGAAUUUGAGGAAAAGUACAUUAGUAUAUCACUUUUUGCAGGCCAAGGAAUUACCAUUUAUACCUGUUGCUUUUAAAUUAAUGGUAAUAUUCUAUUUUAAUGAUAGAAAUUUAUGAGAAUUAGGAAAAAUGUAAGUGCUUGCAAAGAUCGGGGAUUUAAUUGAUGUUAAAAUAUGUGUCCUGAUUUGAUGAACAAAAUUUACUCAGAUAGCCCUGAAAUAAGAAAUGAUUCCUAGUCUUAAUCCAGAAUAGCAUUCAGUCUUCUGAUGCUGACACCUAAUUUUUCCUGUGCAGUCUCUUUUUGUUAAAAUAUUGAAUAUUCAUUUUAAAUGACCAGAACAGUCCAACUGGACUAAUGCCCCAGUUUUUAAAAAUAUAUUUGGAUCUUUUCUGCUUAGAAAAAAAAAAUCAUGAGCUGUGGAAAUGAUUUUGUGGAAACACUUAAGAAAAUUGGAUAUCCAAAAGCUCAUGAGCUUAAUGGAGAAGAUUUUGACUGGAUGUUUGAUUCUUCGGAAGUGAAAGGAUUUCUAGAGUGGUUUUGUGGAAAUAUAAAUGAGCAGCAUGUGGUAUCUGAAAAAGAACUGCAAGAUUUUGAUAACCUUGUUGAGUCUGGUAAGCCCUUUUUGGAAGGGAAUGCACUGGAUGAAGUCCUCAAAACCUUUAAGCCCAUGGAUUUAAAGAAGAGUAGCCAAGAGGUGGAAGAAGAAGAGGAAGAACUGAAGAAAUUAGAGGACGAGCUUAAAACUCUUCAGAGGUUAAAAAACCUUCAAAUUCAUCGGUAUAAUAAACUUCAACUGAUGGUUUCUGCUAACAGCCAUGUGUUACAAACAUUAAAAAGCAAAGAAGAAGAAGCACAUAAAGAUUUGAAACAAGGACUGGCAGUGUUUAGUGCAGCAAACAAGAACCUUCGUAAUGAACUGCGGUCUCUUACUACUGCAGUCGAGCAAUUGGCUUCUUUCUUUACUGCUUCAGAUUCAGAACAAGGGUCAAGUCUACAACCACUAUUUUUUUCCCAGCUUUCUUUGGACAAGUAUUUGUCUCUGGAAGAGGAAAGCACUGCAGCAUUUACCUCAUACCUAAAAGCCCAUUGUUGUGAAGGUAUGUCUGAAUGGGUUGAAAAUUCAGACAACAGUAGCUUUCCGCUUGCAGAUAAAAGCAAACAGGCCGCUUGUGAUGAGAUUAAUGAAGUUUGUGAAGAGAUGACCAGGCUCCGGACAGUGUAUAUUUGUGCUCAGCAUCAGCUAAUUCAGAUGCAAUCUAAAGAGGAGGGCAUGAAUUCAGCUAUAAAAUGUGGUGAGAGCAUGCUGCAGUCCUUAAAGAGCAAGGAUAUUGGAUACCAAGAAAACCUCGAUGCCAAAAUAUCUACUUUAAAUGAUCAAAUUUCAAGAAUGAAACAAGAAAUAACUCGGAUCAACAACGAAGAGCUGCUUCCCCUUCUGAGAGAGAAUGCACGACUUUUGGUCGCACCUGUGGCUGAAGGAUACCUGGAUCAUCAGAUUGCUCAGCAGGAGUAUAAUGCUUCAAGACAAGAUGAAAUCUGCAGGCAUUUGGUAAGACAGAAGGCAUCAUUUGAACUUAUUGAGCUAGCCUGUGAAAUGGAGUUGAAGAAACAUACGGACAUCCGCAGUCUGCUUGAGAAUUUGGUAGAAUCUCUGAAGCGGAGCACUACUGAAUUGCAACGGAGACUACAGGUGAUAACUGAGCAAGCCCAAGACGUAAAACCAAGAAACACUAUUAGUUCAAAGGAUGUUUUCUCUUGCAGGCUAUAUCAACUUCUACAAGGAGAAAAUAAAAAGCCCCAAUUGUUUAAAACAUACGAAAGCUUGGAGCAGAUGGCUCGCCAGUUAAAACAGGACUGUGCUACGGUACAAGAUCAACUAGCAGCAUCUUCUCGAGAACAGUCUCUCUUUUUGUCCAAGCUGAAAAGUGAUGUAGAUACCCUUCAUGAUGCUCUGUAUCGUGGAGGAAAUCAGCUACAACUCCGGAGUCCGGAACUCACUGAGCAGUUUCAUCAACUGAAAGCUGAUUUAGAAAAACUCAGUCACCUCCUUAAAGACCUGGUUGCUGAUGUGAAGUCAAAGACAACACUUUUGGAGUCUAGUAAGCUGCAUCAGAUGGAAAGAGACUUGUAUGUUCAUUUUUUCAAAGACAAAGACCACUUGAAAAAGAUGGUGGAGAAGCUUGAGCAGCAGUCUGAGGCUAAAGCCAGUGGUCUGGAAGAUGAGAAUUUCACUGCCAGUGGAGUUCUUAAUGUUUGAACUUCAGUGUGUUCUUAAGAAAGGAAAACAUGUUAAUGUAAACUAGCUACAAGUUUAUGGAAUGAUAAGUAUUAGCUUAUCGAGGCUAAUAUUUAUCUAUCAUUGCAAUGGUUAUCUCCUACAGUUACCAAGUUUGGAUUGUAUGCUGCUUGUUUUGGCUUUUGACGUCUGCCUGCCAAGUUCAAAUCUCAUUUUUGUCAAAAUUUUUUCAUGGGAAAUAAUAACAUUGGUUAUUCGAAUCGAGUACAUUCAGGCUGCUCUUCUGCUAGUCUGAACGCUGAUUUCCUCAGCACACGGCAUAGCAUAAAAAGGAACUUUUCAUAUCCUUGAGAUGUUUUCUUGCCUGCUAAGAGUCUGUGAUACGUGAACUGAAAAAUAAAUGCAGAGAAGGCAUUCCAGAUUUUGAAACAUGAAUGUAAUGUUCUCAUUCUGAAGAAAGAGCUCUCCAAGGCAGAUAGCUCUGUGAUUGUUUCCGCUACAGUUCCUCUAAGAAGAUCUGUUUUUGUUAAGAAAUGUGUUGGAAUAUGUACCAGAAUCUGUUUCAAGUACCAAGACCAUCUGUUUUGAGACCAUUCCCAUAUCUCUUAAUUUAACUUCUGGCCUGUGUUCUCCAUUGAAACCAGUCCGUACUCAGACUAGGACCUUCAGAGAAAAAGAGUUUUAAGUUUACCUUUUGGACUUCUGAGUUUGCUUUAUAAUUUAAAGAGACAGACAUUUCAAUUUGGAGUCCUGAGGCUUUCAUACUUCUACUUUCAUUUGCAUUGUUAAGACUGUUGAUCAAAUUUUUAUAUAACUUCCUAAUAUACCAAUGGAAUUAAAUAUAAAUAGGCUUUUGUAGGCCAGGCUUUUAUAUUUUAAUAGUAUCAGCUAUGCUUGCUUUCAAGCCUUGUACAUAUUGCUGAAAGUUAUUAAAUUAGCUUUGACUUAAGUAACAGUAGUCUUAAAACUUAUUCUGAUGGCAGACUUAACUUUUAUGUGAAUAUAACUUAUUCUUAAAGAUUGAAUUUUUUUUA